CGUAGACAAUGACGCAUUUGAAGGGAAAAUCAUAAAGAAAUAAAGAAGAAAUAUAAAAUUCAAAAUUAGUGUAAAUAAUUUUAACGGCGUUAAGAACAGCGAAUAUACAUCGAAAUUGUCUCAACAGAUUUUUCGAGUGAACACCGAGCAGAAAGUGAAACUUUUCGGUGGAAACUAAAAAACGAUUAGCAAAAAAAGAAGGGAGUUCAUCAAUUGCAACAACAAUCUGCAAAGCUAAGUAUAGUCGUUUUUAAACAACAACACAGCACAAGCGACUCACUUGACAGCAGCUGCAUCAGCUUUUUCUAUGGUCAUAGGGUAUUGGGGAUUAUGGCCAGGAGUUAGAGGAAUUGAACAAAAAUAGAGGCAACAACAAGCUCUGCGCAAAGAAGUUUUCAAAAAUUCUGAACCUGCUGACAAAAUCGAUGGACAAAGUUUUUUUUUUAAUUUGAAAAUCCAUUCGUCUUUACAUCAUAAGAAGUAGAUCCACUACGAAACUUCUGCAAGCUGCGUUGUUGUAAAGAAUAUCAUAAAACCACCGAUUAUACACUACUCUUUCAUGGAACAUAUUACCGGCUAUCUAACGCCCUAAUCCCUGAACAUUGUAUAGUGUGCAAGAACUAGAACGAAAAUAAUUUAAAAGCGAGAAAGCAAAAAGCCCAAUAAGAUAUGAACAAGUAAUUUUCUUAUCAAUCCCACAGUCACAAAAGCAAAUCAUACCCCCUAAAAAUACCGUACAGAACGGAAACAAUCUUAUGUAUUCAUUUGAACACAAUUCUACUUCUGUAUUGCAUUGGUUAUAUGUACAAGGAACUGCAUAAUACCCCAAUUUAAAAGGAACUUUAUUCGGUACAUUAUUUUUUCCUGAAGGCGUAUAGUAAAUUCUCGUACCAAGUCUUCCUCCAGAGUAUACUGUGGAGCAUUAUUUUAGUACAUAGCGUAAUACUUGUGAUUUGACAAUAUUUCGGACUGGAGCAACAAACCUCGACUCAUCGCAACAGAUAAACAUUUGUUCUACCGCCCUCCACAACUAGCCGAAAAGCCAAUACCACCAUUAACAUAAUCGGUUGCCACCAUGUCUCGUGGUUUUGAUCAUUUAUUCAAACUUUUAAUAAUCGGCGAUAGUGGUGUUGGUAAGACUUCGCUGCUUUUGCGAUUCUCGGAUGACGCCUUUAAUGGAUGUCACAUAACCACAAUCGGGGUAGAUUUUAAAAUACGAACUUUAGUCAUUGAUGAAAAGCGUGUAAAGGUACAAAUCUGGGAUACAGCUGGUCAGGAACGCUUUCGUACAAUUACCAGCACUUAUUAUCGUGGAACACAUGGCGUCAUUGUGGUCUACGAUGUAACUGAUGGAGGAUCGUUUAAAAAUGUGCGACGUUGGUUAGACGAAAUUCAAAAUAACUGUGGUGUGUUAAACGUUAUAUUAGUGGGAAACAAGAACGAUGAUCCCGAAAAAAAGGUUGUUGCUACCGAUGACGCUCGCAGGUUUGCCGAAUCAUGUGAUAUCGAACUUUUCGAAACAUCGGCUAAGGAUAACAUUGGGGUUAAUGAAAUGUUUCACUCUAUAACAAGACAGGUGCUUCGGGACAAGAUACAGACCGACAAACAGGAAGACGAACAGAAAAAAGCUACCAUUAAAUUAAUCAAGUCAAAUAAAUCGAAAAAGAGAAAAUGCUGCAGAUAGACGCAAGGAACCACGCUUGUAAUAUAACAAAAAUCCGCCAAAAACUAUUGGCAUUAUAGCUUUUAGAGAAUUUAUUUACUCAUAAGAUAUUUAAUUAAAAUUUCUUAGCAAGGAAUUAACAAAUUUUCCACAGGUUAUUAAAAGAAAUUAUGUUAUAUACCUAUAUGUUUAUUUCUUUUUUAUUUUUAAAUAUGUAUUUGUAUGUAAUAAAUUGCCUCUAACAAAUUUGUAGACAAUUUUUUUAUCUUCACAUAUCUGAGGCUAACGAACAAUACCAAUUCAUUGUCCCGGCACGGGAUAGCUGUGAGCACCACACAGGCCGAAAAAUGUGGUGUUAAUUGCUGUUACGAGAAGCUUAGCUGCGAGCUACCGGGCGCGUCCACAAGCUGCGGAUAGUAGAAUGCUCCAUACGGAGGAGCUGCAAUUGCAGCCGUGGACAAUCGAGCGGAGAGUCUCAGUGGGAGGUCGGGCGGCACCGGCUCUUGCACAAUUACUGAGUGCCUAUGGCCCUCGAUAUGGUGCCUUUAAAUAGCCGAUAGCCACCCUGUUACCGCAGCGAUCUGUCCUUUGGACCGGAACUUACAGGAGCUUGACGAGGAUUGACACCUCCACAUGAAAUGAGGAUCGAUACCUGCCUUGGCGGUCAACAUGAUGUAAAUAUUAUUGACCUUGGCGGUCAGAAAAAAGUGUAAAGCGCCGCCGGCGAAAAAAACCCAUUUUGCUCAAAAUUGAUGAAAAGAGUAAACUUCUAAUUAAAUUUGUUGAAAAGGCAUAGGAAAAAUUUUGAUUUAUUGGAAAAAUAAUGGAGAUUACAUAUAUUUACGAAAUUAUUAAUAAAAAAUAAAAUUUAUAUUGGAAUAA